AUGUUGGCUGCCUCCCGUUUAUGUCGACCCCUGAGUAGAUCUAGAACCUUGAAUAAGGUGAUACAGUUAGAGAAACGAAAAACUUGGAAGGCUUUUAAUGUCAAAAGUAACUUUACCAAUGAGGCUUGUUCCUGGCUAGGAAAAGCACUUUUUAAAAAUUUCCACGAGGUCAAAGUCCCCACGGGUUGGAAGGACAAGGCUUGGUCGAAUCACUCUCAAAGCACCAGGAAAGCACUGGAGGCAUUCUGGCAUGGCAUUAGGAAGGACAGUGUGAUGGUCUGGAAGCAGAAUGGGUUUGCCGAAGCCAAGAUUACUGAAGAGCUUGAGUAUAUCAGUGUCACCACUACUCAAGAAUACCUAAGUGCUGUCCAAGCCGAGGAACAGCAGCUACUAGCUCAAAUCGAAUAG